GAGCCGAAAACACACGUUACGCACACAGGGCUGCGGGAGUAUUGGGGGAUAGAAGGCAAGUGUAAAAGAGAGAGAGACAGACAGAGGGAGACAGAGACGGAGAGAGAAAGCCCACGGAUGGAACGACAGGAUAUAUAACCGUUUGUCCGGGUCUUGUGCAGGCACCUUAUUCCAUGCCUGUCCUCUGCUGGGGCUUUGUCAUUGAUGGGAAACCACCUGGACCGGAUAACCCACCUCAGCUACAGCGAGCUGCCCACCGGAGAUCCGUCCGGACUGGAGAAAGAGGAGCUUAGGGUUGGAGUAGCAUACUUCUUCUCCGACGAAGAGGAGGAGGUGGAUGAUGGCGGAGGAGGCUACAACAAGGACCCCAGCCAGGAGGGCCCCGGGCCGGUCAGCGAGCUGGAGUACUCCGCAUUCUGCUCACAGGAAUGCAUCUUCUCCAAGCUCCGCGAAAACCAGGACUUGAACGUGUACUCCGCCAACACGUUGCUCUCCAUGUGCAAGCCAGGGGACCUUGUGGAGCUAGUAUCCACAUCACAGGCACCUCACUGGGCUGUGUACGAGCUCAACGACCAGGUGAUACACCUACACGAGGGGGAGAUACGGAAGGACAGCCUGACUGAGAUAGGACGGGGCCGGCGUGGACGGAUAGUGAACAGCCGCUACCGGUUCCGACCGCUGCCCUCCGACCUGGUGCUGCAGAAUGCCGCCGGCCACCUGGGCCUACACAGCGGGGACAUCUGCUGGACCAGCUCUGAGAACUUCGCCGCCUGGUGUCGUUUCGGGAAGCGGGAGUUCAAGGCGGGAGGCGAGGCACACUCGGCAGAGCAACAGUACUUUCUCAAAGUGCACCUCGGUGACGGGACUCGGAGUGGACACGCGCACACGCUGGUGUUCCGUAGCCUGGAGGAUAUGAUCCGCGAGAGGAGGAGGGUAGACGCCAGUGGGAUUCUGAAGGAGCUGUCUUUAGGGGUCAGUGGCGGGAAGGAGGGAUGAUUAAUAUGAUGGCCUAUACUCUCUUCUUUCCUUUCGGAGAGAGAGGGAGCUGUUUGCAGGCUGGCUGCGUCUGUAACACUGGUGACACUGUAGGAGAGAGAUUGUGAUCAUAUUGCAGCAAAGUAGAAAAUAGCCCACAAGGACGAGACAGACAAACGUUCAUGUAAACAUUGACAACUGCUCUUGUUUGAGCGUGGUUUCUUUCUGCUCCGACAUGUCACCCUGUACCUUUUUAACAUAGCGCACGACUCCACUCGCUUGGUUUUUUUUCCCCUCCUCCCUCUGCGUUCUUUCUCUGCAUAAGGGCACCUGCUGCUGCUGCUGGUGGUGCUGCUGGUUCUAGUGCUGCUGCUGGUUCUAGUGCUGCUGCUGCCGCUGCUGGUUCUAGUGCUGCUGCUGGUUCUAGUGCUGCUGCUGGUUCUAGUGCUGCUGCUGGUUCUAGUGCUGCUGCUGCCGCUGCUGGUUCUAGUGCUGCUGCUGCUGGUUCUAGUGCUGCUGCUGGUUCUAGUGCUGCUGCUGGUUCUAGUGCUGCAGCUGACUAUUGAAAGAAAGAGAGACAGAAAGAGAGACAGAGACAGAGAGAGAGAAAGAGAGAGAUAUCUGUUGGAUUUCCCCGGCGUUCUAUUUUUUUACUCCUUUACAUUAAAAACCUGGGACUGAACGAACAUUCAACCUUAAAACCACCUAUUCAUGUUGUAGCCUACCAGAGAGACGGACCGAUGGACAGGCAGACACCAUUUUGUUUUCUGCCCCCUGGUGUUUGUUUGGAAAGCUACGUUCAUGCAUUGAUUGGUUUGCAUUUGAGUCCCAUAUUUUUGUAUUUGAGUCUUUCUCCCUGAUUGGUGGAUGUUUCUGUUCUAAUAAACAGAGGUUGCAACAUGAAACUA